UACUUUUCCCGCUUGCCGCGCGGGGUCGCAGGAAAUCCGGCCGGCGUGGGUACGUUUUACCGGAACGCAGAGGUGUUGAUUACAUAACGUGUGUCGAUGCGUUUUGUGAAAGCCACAUGUGGCUUUCUUCCGUCUAGAGACGAGUUUGUCCAUCAGCUUUCCCAUUUGCCGUGAUACUCCAUCGAGUGUGGAUCACGAUGAGUCAGUUGAGCGGAAAAGACAUUCACAGCCUGAGCAUCACCGAGUUGCUCUCUUUGGGCGAAGGGCUUGCAUCAUCACAGCACCGUUCCUCGUUUGAUGAAGGUGACAACGAUUCGGACAGUGCAAGUUCUUUGGAAGAAGUUGAAAUUCCAGAUGAACCCUCGAGUGAAACCGUUAAAAAAGAGUACACGUUGCCUGCGGAUGGAGUUGUUGUCAAGAUCGAUUUACCAAUCGGCCAAGUUGGUAGGAAGAAGAAGAAAUUUGAUUUUGAAGCAAGCCUCCGACGAAAACUUUCCAGAAGAGCGAGGGAGACGCAGUUGAUGCUACACAAAUCUAAUGUGGUGUUCAUCAUAGCCUCGCAUAGGUUUCUGAACAAAACCAUUCUGAACAAUAUGGAACUGCAAGCUCUGGCCCUGUCCCUUGUUCCAUCCGCAAAUUGUUAUCCGGGGAAGCGGACAGAUAUGAACUACCUCGAAAAACUUGUUUUGUGGUUCAGCAAGAAGUUCAAAAUUGAUCCCGAACGGCCAGAAAAGGAAAAGCUACAUGACGCUGUAGCUGAUGUAAUAAGUACCCGCCGAUCUCCGCGAGCCGCCCUAAUUGUUUACUCUUUCGUAGUUUUGGCAAGGGCCAUCGGACUCACUGCCCGUCUUGUGUGUAACUUUCGUCCCGUGCCUCCGAAAAGCGUGAAUGAAUUCUCAAAAACCGCGGAUUCAAGUGCUUCAAAGUCAGCUGAAGCACAGCCGAAUGCAGAUGAAAAAUCUAUCGCAACCCCUGCGAAAGGCUCCCAGAAAUCCACAAAAACGUCAGUGACCAAAAAAUCAUCAAGCGCUGAGCUUUUACGCAGUGCUGGCAAGGAAAAGCCGCGGAAUCAAAAGUCAGAGCCCACCCGGAAAUCCUCCCAAGCUUCUUCCCGAAAGUCUCCUAAAACCAAGAAUCAAAGGAAUGACGAAGACUCUUCCCCCGAAGUAAUAGCCGAGAAAAAACGCGUGCCCAAGAAGAUCAAUCGCCAGAUCCUCAGUUCAGACGACGAAAAGCCGGGUCCCAGUGGAACCCAGGGGAAACCCGACAAAGUCAGGGACAUCUGGAGCGAAGUGUUUCUUGAAGAAGAAGAAUUCUGGGUUUCGGUGGACGUUUUUGCUGGAAAAGUUCACUGCGUCAGAGAAAUUCUGGGCAAGGUGUCGAAACCGCUGAGUUACAUCGUAGGCUUCAACAAUGACGGAACAUUACGAGACGUUCUUCCACGAUAUGAACCCAUGUGGGCGACGUCUUUGAAGAAGAACCGUGCAGAAGAUGGCUGGUGGCGAGAAACCAUCCAACCAUUUCUUGAACCCAAAUCUCGGCGUCGGAAAGCUGAGGAUAAGGAAUUUGAGCAGUCUGUUGCUGAACAACCGUUACCUUCUUCGAUUGGCGCGUACAAGAAUCAUCCUCUGUUCGCGUUGGACCGACAUUUGUUGAAGUUUGAAGCCAUUUACCCCCAUAACGCUAAGCCUUUGGGAAACAUAAGAGGGGAGAGCGUUUAUCCGAGGAGCUGCGUUCAUAAGCUGCAUUCGAAAGAAACUUGGCUCAAGGAAGCCCUUGUGAUUCGUGAUGGUGAGAAGCCGUAUAAGAUUGUUGCAGCUCGUCCCAAGUAUGACAGGUUGUCGGGUGAAAUGCUAAAGGCUCAACCAUUGGAGCUGUUUGGGAAAUGGCAAACUGAGCCAUUUGUUCCACCUGUGGCUGAGAAUGGGAUCGUUCCAAGGAACAACUUUGGCAAUGUUGAAAAAGCCCUUGUGAUUCGUGAUGGUGAGAAGCCGUAUAAGAUUGUUGCAGCUCGUCCCAAGUAUGACAGGUUGUCGGGUGAAAUGCUAAAGGCUCAACCAUUGGAGCUGUUUGGGAAAUGGCAAACUGAGCCAUUUGUUCCACCUGCUCAACCAUUGGAGCUGUUUGGGAAAUGGCAAACUGAGCCAUUUGUUCCACCUGUGGCUGAGAAUGGGAUCGUUCCAAGGAACAACUUUGGCAAUGUUGAACUGUUCAAGCCGUGCAUGCUUCCUGUUGGCUGUGUUCACAUGAAUCUGCCGAAUUUGAACAAAAUCGCGAGGAAGCUGAAGAUUGACUGUGCUCAAGCCAUGGUUGGCUGGGACUUCCACGGGGGCUGGUCUCAUCCGGUCUAUGACGGAUUCGUGGUUUGCCAAGAGUAUGAGGAACUCUUGCAGGACGCCUAUGACCAGGAAAUGGCCAUGCAAGAGAAGAAAGACGAAGACAAACGCUUGACUCGCAUUUACAAGAACUGGAGGCGACUCGUUCGUGGCUUGUUGAUUCGCGAGCGGAUCAAGUGCCGGUACAUUAACAACUUUGACGAAGACUCUGCGGUGGCUUCUGGUUCGAACCAUUUGGACCACAGCAGUGAGGAUGAAGCGCAAGUCAAGAAAGCCUGUGUGGAAGCUGACGGAGAGUCUUCCAUUGCUGCUAAAAAGCGUCAGUUGGCCAACUUGGAGAAGCAGCUGAGGCGGAAACCGACCCCGAAAACUAGAAAAAACCCUGCUGCUGGGCCUAAAAGACCAGCGAAACCGGCAAAACCGCAAGCCAAGAAAAGACGAACAAUUAGUCCCCAGAAUCCACUAUCCUCUGAAACGUCGCCUUCUUCAUCAGAAGUUGAAGAUGUGGAACAAGUUCGCAAGGCUGCAAAAGCUGGAAAUAUUCCCAAGCGUCAGACCCAGAGGAAAUUGGCGAGGAAAUCUUACAAAGCUGAUGAGUCGUCGGAAUCUGAUGGGGAUUUUUCGGCUGAAGAAGAAUCUGACGGCGAUUUCAAAAAAAAGCCUGCUGCUGCGCCUAAAAGACCUGCGAAACCGGCAAAACCGCAAGCCAAGAAAAGACGAACAAUGAGUCCCGAGAAUCCACUAUCCUCUGAAACGUCGCCUUCUUCAUCCGAAGUUGAAGAUGUGGAACAAGUUCGCAAGGCUGCAAAAGCUGGAAAUAUUCCCAAGCGUCAGACCCACAGGAAAUUGGCGAGGAAAUCUUACAAAGCUGAUGAGUCGUCGGAAUCUGAUGGGGAUUUUUCGGCUGAAGAAGAAUCUGACGGCGAUUUCAAGUGAACAAAAUGAAAAGAAAAAAAAUGUUGAUCGUCUUGCGGGUUUUCUUAGCUUUUGAAACGUUUGUUGUAUUUCCUGGUGGAAUUCAAGCUUUUUUGGUCUCAGGAA